AUGACGGUGACUGAGAUAACUUUUAUGGGCCCUGUAUUUUCCUCACCUCCAGAGAAAAAUGAUCAAUACCGGCCUUGCACCCACUUAAACCAAAGCCCAGGCAAGUCCUGUGACCCCUUGGCUCUUAAGGAAGCGCUGGUCUGUGCCUCCCAGUUGGAGGAAGAGGAACAAAAUGAAGAAGAGAGGGAGGAGGAGCUGGACCCAGAUUUAGCCCCUGACCUGGAGGAGGAGGAAGAGGAGGAGGAAGAAAAUGAUCUCGGGGAUCCAGCUGUCCUCAGCGCUGUCCGUAACAUCCAGAAGGGUCUUCUCAGCUCCCCUGGAAUCAAGGCCCCUGGUGUGCUGGGGAUGUCGCCUGCUUCCUUGCACUUUCUGUGGCAGACCCUGGACUACCUGGCACCACUUCCUUUCCGGCCUGCCUUUCCCAGCACCAGCACUGCAGCCCCGCACUUCGGACCUCGACUGCUCUCGCCAGACCCAUCUGUCCUCUGCAGCCCGUCGACCUCGUGGCCCCUUAGGCUCAGUCAUCUGACCCAGCUCCACCCUCAGCACCAGCGGAUCUUGAAGCAACAGCAGCAGCAUGGUCGACCACCAAGUCCCCCAGCCAAGAAGCCUUGGUCUCAGCAGCCAGACCCCUAUGCGAACCUCAUGACCCGAAAAGAGAAGGACUGGGUGGUAAAAGUGCAGAUGGUUCAGCUGCAGAGUGAGAACCCCCGCCUGGAUGACUAUUACUACCAGGAAUAUUAUCAGAAACUAGAGAAGAAGCAGGCAGAUGAGGAGCUGCUUGGGCGAAGGAGCAGGUUUGAGUCCUUCAAGCUGGUCACCCCUUACAUUCAGAAGGCGGAGGCUUAUGAGUCAGUGGUUCGAAUUGAGGGUUCCCUGGGCCAGGUAGCUGUAUCAACGUGCUUUAGCCCUCGCCGAGCUAUUGAUGCUGUGCCCCAUGGAACUCAAGAGCAGGAGACAGGAGCUGCAAGCAGUCAGAGGCUUCAGGUGUUGUACCGGAUUGAGAAGCUGUUCCUUCAGUUACUAGAGAUAGAGGAGGGCCAGAAGGAUGGGCCUGCACAGCCCUGUGAGCGGCAGAGCAGCCAGCUUGAGAAGCUCUUCCAGGCCUUAAAGACCCAGGAACAGAAUAAUCUGGAGGAGGCAGCGGAUGGCUUCCUGCAGGUGCUCUCCGUGAGGAAGGGAAAAGCCCUAGUGGCCCGGCUGCUCCCCUUUCUGCCCCGAGAUCGAACUGUCAGCCUUCUUCUGGCCAUCACCCGCCAUCUGCCCCUCCUUGUCAAGAGGGAUGUGGCUGAUCAGGCCCUGCAAACGUUAUUCGAACCUCUGGGCAAAUGUAUCAGCCACUUGACCUUCCAUGAACUCCUCCAAGGACUUCAGGGACUCAUGCUGCAACCACCUGGCUCCUCAGAGCGGCCAGUCACCGUGGUGCUGCAGAACCAGUUUGGAAUAUCUUUGCUCUAUGCCCUGCUAAGUCAUGGGGAACAGCUGAUAUCCCUGGAUUCUUCCCUAGAGGAACCCAGCAGUGACCACACAGCUUGGACAGACAUGGUAGUUCUCACUGCCUGGGAGAUAGCUCAAAUGCCCACAGCCUCUCUGGCAGAACCCCUGGCCUUCCCCAGCAACCUUCUUCCUCUGUUCUGUCACCAUGUGGACAAACAAUUGGUACAGCAGCUGGAGGCUAGGAUGGAGUGA